AGCAGGUACAGAGUAAAAUCCGAGCCAGUUUCAGUCAAAAUCUGAAGAAGAACAUCCGCAAUUUCGAACCAGCAAAAACCGACUCAGGAGGAAUCCAUAAGUUUUGUAAAAAGGAGAAAUUAAUUUGAAAACUAUUUAAAUUUUCAAAUAUUUUUUUUUUUCAAAUGUCAUAAACCUCUUCGUUUACGCCGCUGGAGCUAGCAAUUUUGUUUUCAGUUAUUCGUUGAUGCAGUUUAGAUGAUAUCUGUUAUUGGUUAGUUUAGUUAGGUUGUUUCGGUUAGGAAUCUGCAUCUUAUUUAAAUUCUUCACCUUACAUUCGCACCCUACACAAGGAAAAUGGGCUAAAACAAACAAAUCUGAUACCACUGGCGCAUAGACCAAAACCACACGAAAACCAUAAGUUCUUAUUUUAUUCUUUCAUUAAUCAUUAAAACGAAAUCUCGGUUACUAUCCAAUUUCAAUGAAAAUUUCGGAAAACUCCGGAUCAAUCACGCGUGCUUUCGCGGAACAAUCGCAGCGCAAAUCACAGGGCGCCGCGACGCCGUUCCCCGCACGAGGCGCCUAAUUACAGGGCCGGAGAAAGAAAAGUACACGUUACGAGGAAAUAAAUAAUGCAAGUCGGAAAAUCAGUGCCACGCAAUCGGCAAGACCCGUAUAAAUGUUACACGACCUUGCAACUCGUUACAACUUUGCGUAGCGUCUUCAGCUGCCACUAUGAACGCAUCUCGAACCCAUAGACCCUCCAUACUCAACUUCUCGAAGUGUUUCAUGAUCGUCGCUGGUAUCUGGAGGUUUCCCUUACACGAUCCCCUCAAAAUUUACCCCUACUAUUCCGCCAUCGUCCAAUCGUACUUUGUCAUCAUCUGUAUAUCCCUGGCCGCUCGUUUCGCUCUAACUUUGGCCUCCGGAGUGUCGAACAAGAGUUCCGAGGAGAUGUUCAAGCAAGCAUCGUACAUCAUCACCGUGAUAAUCGUCGAAUAUGCAGCCAUAUUGUAUCAAAGCGGCCCCUUGAAACGGAUCUUGUCGUAUAUCAUGGAAGAAGAACGCCAAAUGCUGCAAUGCACGGAUCCUGAAGUGUCGCGAAACCAUUUUGAGCAGCUCGGCUUCUGUCGCAAGUCCAACUUCAUCAUGUUCAUAUUCACGUGCGGUAGCGGCGCCUCCAUAGCACUCGAGAACGUCUGGCGACAGCUUCAAGUGCACAAGUACAACGCUCGAUUCAACACCACGCUACCUAGACCUCUGCCUUUGGAGUUGAGCUACGGAGGAUGGGACGAGGAGAAACAUUUCGCGUUACUUCUCAUCGCCCAUGACGUCUGGGUGGUUAUUAGCAUGUUCCUCAUAGUGUCGACUAAAACCAUAGUCUUUUCCUGCGUCAUUUUCGUGCCAUCGAUAUUGAAGAGGCUGAGGGUCAAACUGGGCAAGCUAGCAGAGUCGGGUCUGCGAGACCUAGUUCGCGAACACCAGGACGUUAUCGGUUUCGUAGAAAGACUAAACAACUCCCUGAAAUAUCUGGUGCUGCUUGAAUAUAUUCUAAAUUCUUUGAACGUGGCUACCGUGUCAGUGCAGUUCAUAACGUACGAUCCGAAGAUGCUGCCGGCACCUGCUUUUUAUUUCAGCUUCCUAAUAGCUCAGAUCUUCAUUUUGGGAUGGAGCGCUAAUGAAAUAAGGGAGCAGAGCCUAGCACUGUCGGAUGCCUUGUACGACAGUCUUUGGUACGAGCAAAGCGAGACAGUGCGAAAGGUGUUGUUGGCUAUGAUGGUCCGCGCCCAAAAGCCGCUUGCGUUGACAAUCGGUCCGUUUGAACCCAUGACGACUCAAUCUGCAGUUACCGUUAUUAAAGCGUCGUAUUCGUAUGUCACUGUGAUGAUGAACAGUUACGAGUGAUCUUUACAUAUUGGAUGACGCUGUUCAAAAGUUUGUUGUACAUAUUUUGAAUCAAGAGUCAGCGCUAAUGACAG